AUGCAGCUGGAGCACUGCCUUUCUCCUUCUAUCAUGCUCUCCAAGAAAUUUCUCAAUGUGAGCAGCAGCUACCCACAUUCAGGCGGAUCCGAGCUUGUCUUGCACGAUCAUCCCAUUAUCUCGACCACUGACAACCUGGAGAGAAGUUCACCUUUGAAAAAAAUUUCCAGGGGGAUGACGAAUCAGUCAGAUACAGACAAUUUUCCUGACUCCAAGGACUCACCAGGGGACGUCCAGAGAAGUAAACUCUCUCCUGUCUUGGACGGGGUCUCUGAGCUUCGUCACAGUUUCGAUGGCUCUGCUGCAGAUCGCUACCUCCUCUCUCAGUCCAGCCAGCCCCAGUCUGCGGCCACUGCUCCCAGUGCCAUGUUCCCGUACCCUGGCCAGCACGGACCUGCGCACCCCGCCUUCUCCAUCGGCAGCCCCAGCCGCUACAUGGCCCACCACCCGGUCAUUACCAACGGAGCCUACAACAGCCUCCUGUCCAACUCCUCACCGCAGGGCUACCCGGCGGCCGGCUACCCCUAUCCACAGCAGUACGGCCACUCCUACCAAGGCGCCCCGUUCUAUCAGUUCUCCUCCACCCAGCCGGGGCUGGUUCCUGGCAAAGCGCAAGUGUACCUGUGCAACAGGCCCCUUUGGCUGAAAUUUCACCGGCACCAAACGGAGAUGAUCAUCACAAAACAGGGAAGGCGCAUGUUUCCUUUUUUAAGUUUUAACAUUUCUGGUCUCGAUCCCACGGCUCAUUACAAUAUUUUUGUGGAUGUGAUUUUGGCGGAUCCCAAUCACUGGAGAUUUCAAGGAGGCAAAUGGGUUCCUUGCGGCAAAGCGGACACCAAUGUGCAAGGAAAUCGGGUGUAUAUGCAUCCAGAUUCCCCCAAUACGGGGGCUCAUUGGAUGCGCCAAGAAAUCUCUUUUGGAAAAUUAAAACUUACAAACAACAAAGGAGCUUCAAACAACAAUGGGCAGAUGGUGGUUUUACAGUCCUUGCACAAAUACCAGCCCCGCCUGCACGUGGUGGAAGUGAACGAGGACGGCACGGAGGACACCAGCCAGCCGGGCCGCGUGCAGACAUUCACGUUCCCGGAGACUCAGUUCAUCGCCGUCACCGCCUACCAGAACACCGAUAUUACACAACUGAAAAUAGAUCAUAAUCCCUUUGCAAAAGGAUUUCGGGAUAAUUAUGACACGAUCUACACAGGCUGCGACAUGGACCGUCUGACCCCCUCGCCCAACGACUCGCCGCGCUCGCAGAUAGUGCCCGGAGCCCGCUACGCCAUGGCCGGCUCUUUCUUGCAGGACCAGUUCGUGAGCAACUACGCCAAAGCUCGCUUUCACCCGGGCGCGGGCGCGGGUCCCGGGCCGGGCACCGACCGCAGCGUGCCGCACACCAACGGGCUGCUGUCGCCGCAGCAGGCCGAGGACCCGGGCGCGCCUUCUCCGCAGCGCUGGUUUGUGACGCCAGCCAACAACCGGCUGGACUUCGCCGCCUCGGCCUAUGACACGGCCACGGACUUCGCAGGCAACGCGGCCACGCUGCUGUCAUAUGCGGCGGCGGGCGUGAAGGCGCUGCCGCUGCAGGCGGCAGGCUGCACCGGCCGCCCGCUCGGCUACUACGCCGACCCGUCAGGCUGGGGCGCGCGCAGCCCCCCGCAGUACUGCGGCGCCAAGUCCGGCUCGGUGCUGCCCUGCUGGCCCAACAGCGCCGCGGCCGCCGCGCGCAUGGCCGGCGCCAACCCUUACCUGGGCGAGGAGGCUGAGGGCCUGUCCGCCGAGCGCUCGCCGCUGCCGCCCGGCGCCGCCGAGGACGCCAAACCCAAGGACCUGUCCGACUCCAGCUGGAUCGAGACGCCUUCCUCCAUCAAGUCCAUCGACUCCAGCGACUCGGGGAUUUACGAGCAGGCCAAGCGGAGGCGGAUCUCGCCCGCUGACACGCCGGUGUCUGAGAGCUCGUCCCCGCUCAAGAGCGAGGUGCUGGCCCAGCGGGACUGCGAGAAGAACUGCGCCAAAGACAUAGGCGGCUACUACGGCUUCUACUCGCACAGCUAGGCCGCCCCUGCCCACCCCGGCCCCACGCGCCGCCUCGGCCCGGACCCCCAGCCGGCCCCUCACGGCUCUCCCCCAGCUCCUUCUCCCCACACCCUACUUUGCGCACCGUGCCCUCCUUUUAUUUGACCCUCGAUUGCCGUCUGCAGUGAAUAAAUGCAGCUCUCCAAGUGUGAUUUUAACCUUUUUUGCACAGCAUUUUCUGCAUCGACCUUCAACUUUGCUAUAAACAUUUUGGUUUUCCUACUUUCUUUCCUUCCGUGGAAGUUCUCCUCCUAACAAUCCUCCUUCCCUUCGUGUUUUUCUCACUCCCCCCUUCUCUUUCUUGUAAUGAAACUCUUCACCUUUAGGAGACCUGGGCAGUCCUGCCAGGCAGCGGUGAUUCCGACCCUUCAAGCCUCGGCCUCCCUAUUUAACCAUAGGAUGUUGACUCUAGAACCUGGACCCACCCAGCGCGUCCUUCCUUAUCCCCGAGUGGAUGGAUGGUAGGGAUGUUAAUAAUUUUAGUGGAACAAAGCCUGUGAAAUGAUUGUACAUAAUGUUAAUUUAUUGUAACGAACGGCUAGUUUUUAUUCUCAUCGUCAAGGCACAAAACCAGUUCAUGCGUAACCUCUUCAUUCUUUCCCUUUCCUUUCCCUUCCUUUCUCCUUUCCUUUCUUUCUACUUAAAAAAUUUUCUUGUGAGAUAAUUAAUAUUCGAAGAGCCUCUCGAAACGUGAAAUAUCCGAUUGAUAGUGAUGGAUUUCUCACUUCUGCUCAAUCCAUUGCAUGAAAUAAUUAUUCUGUGCCCUAAUGCACAAAUAGCUAAGGAGAAUCCACUCAAACAUCUGUAAAGGAUAGGUGUCUGUUCAUAGGCAAGUCGAUUAAGUGGCAUGAUGCCUGCAAAGCAAAGUUAACUGGAGUUGUAUGUUCCCCCACCCGUUCUAAAUAGAAUAGUUCUACAUCAGCAAUAUUAUUUUGCCUUAUUUGUUUUUCCCCAAAGUGCCAAAUCCAUUACUGGUCUGUGCAGGUGCCAAAUACACUGACAAACUGUUUUUGAAUAUCUUUUCAGUCCUCCCUCCACCUUUAUAUGCUGUAAAUCUUUGUAAUGAAUACUCUACUAAUGAUAUAGACGACUGAAUUGUUGGUAACUAUAGUGUAGUCUAGUGAAGAUGAAUUGUGUGAGUUGUAUAUUUUACUGCAUUUUAGUUUUGAAAAUGAUUUCUCCCCCCACCUAGAAGAAACUGAAAUCUGACUUCCUUGGGAAAACAUUAGCAUUAAUGCAAGUAAGAUUGAUUUUCCCCCCAUUAAGUCAUGUUAUAUUUGAUAAGGAGCAUUAAUCCCCUGGAAAUAGAAUAGUAGGAUUUCUAAUGUUGUGUAGCAAACCUAUACUUUUUUUUUUUUUUGGUAUUUAAAAAUUUAUGUGAAAUAUGCAUCAUACACAAUAUUCAAUCUAGAUUCCAGUCCAUGGGGGGAUUUUUCCUAAUAGGAAUUCAGGGUCUAAACGUGUGUAUAUUUUGGCUCUUCUGUAAAUCUAAUGUUGUGAUUUUUAUAUUUGUUUCGUUUUGUCUGUGAACUGAAUAAUUUAUACAAGUACACAUUCCACUGCGAAACGUUUUGUUUUUUGCUUGUUU